UCAGAUAUUAAAAAUAUUAAUUCAGUGACAACCUGUUGAGUUUUAUACCAAACAGGAUGAUCAAUUUUAUUAUAUGCAUUCUGUCAGCCCUCGUUUCUACUGUACAAGGCGACUAUACCAACAGUUCUGGCUGGAAAUAUCUCCCAGAGGACUGCGGUAGGUCGAAGUAUGACAACAUAUCGACGCGAAUCAUUAAAGGGGACCAAGCCAGGUUAGGGGAGUUUCCCUGGAUGGCUAGACUGGGAAGGUACUAUCCAGACGGCGAACUGUUUUUUUUCUGCGGAGCGGUUCUGAUUAACCGAUUUUACGUCAUUUCGGCGGCACAUUGCGAAGAAAGGGUUGAUGUAGUCAGGUUAGGGGAACACGACGCAAAUAGUGACGUCGAUUGCGCGACGCCUCAGGAUUGUGCUCCGCCACAUCAAGAUUUCAGAGUGAAAGGAUAUUAUUUCGAGGAUUAUUGUCAGGUCAUAAAUACUAACGAUCUAAUGGUAUUGGAGUUAGCAGAGCCGGUAAAAUUUAACGAAUUCGUCCAGCCAGUUUGUAUUCCACGACACCCAAUAAAACAUGAAGACCUUGUAGGCGAAUAUCUUACGCUAGCAGGAUGGGGCAGGAAAAGUGGGGUGGAGGCAAUCAGGAGUAGGUAUCUGAAGUAUAUUGUUCUUGAGGUGUUGAAUACCACGAUGUGUGAAAAGGUACAUAAGCGAUUUAAAUACAAAGAACAGAUUUGUUUGGAAGCUUCUGAAGAAGGGCAAAAUGUGUGCUAUGGAGAUUCCGGUGGUCCGGCUUUCAAGACAAUGGAGGUGGACGGAGUGAGGAGGACGUAUGCAUUUGGUGUGGCUUCGUAUGUUAGACCAAACUGUAAGACUGGCGUAGUAUAUACAAGUAUUUUGUUCUAUUUAAAAAAUAUUUUGGAUUACGUUAAGAGGGAUUAG